AUGAGAUCAAAAGAACUGCCUGCAGAGCUCAGAGACAGGAUAGUUGCAAGGUCCAGAUCUGGGGAAGAGGUUUUGCCCAACCAAGAGUCUUCCAGGCGCUCGUCACCCGGCCAAACUGACCAGACGGGAGAGAAGAAAGCCCACGUGGAGUUCGCAAAAAAGCACCUGAAGGACUGUCAGACUGUGAGACACAAGAUUGUCUGGUUUGAUAAAACCAAGACCAAACUGUUUGGCCUUGAGUCUAAAAGUUGUGACAGGAGAAAACCAGCAGCAGUAGAAGCAGCAGACACAGAGGAGACGUCUCCAACCAUGAAAAUGCUAAAGCUUUUACUUCUGCCUCUUUUGAUGGUUUGUUUUUUCCCGUUUUUGUCAGCAUCAGUUGUUAUGGAUUUUAACCAUGUAGAGAGAUGCAAGGACUCCCUGUAUAUGGGGACACCACCGAGAGGGAUCAUUGGAAUCGGGCUGAAGAAGAUCUGCCAACGGUAUGCGGACAAACCUCGAUAUGUGACGCUGUAUGACCCCCAGAAGAGGAUCCCGGUUUACUCAGCUUACACCUUUAAGAAAACGGAGGGAGACCGACGUGUGGACUACCCUUGGAUGUAUGAGCCACAGCUGGCAGAGAUCGAUGGCAAUGGAAACAUGCUGCCCUUCCCCACUGGUUACCUGCACAUGAAGUUUGAGGACAGCCAGGCGGUCCUGGAUGACUACUCUGAUGUGGUUCUGUACGAAAGAGGUCACCUGAACCCAGACCAGCACCAGUCCACCCCACAUGACCGGGCUGCCACUUACACUCUAACCAACGUGGUUCCCCAGAUCCGAGAGUUCAACAUCGGGCCUUGGCGUGAGUAUGAAGAGCGGAUUCGUGUCCGUCUCAACAACUUCUGCCGUGGCACGGCCUUCAUUGUCACUGGUGUGACCACCAGAGGGAACAUGAUCCGUCGCAACAACCAGGACCGCGUUGCCAUCCCUGAAGAUGUGUGGUCGGCUUACUGCUGCACCGACUACGACCGGAAUUCGCCGCACGAUGUUCGUAUCCGCUUCCCGUCUCAUGCGGCCUUAGCCAAAAAUGCCAAAGAGGGCAACAGUGUCCAUGAGAUGCCGGUCCAGGAACUCGAGAUCUUCCUGAAAAACAACAUGGAUGUCGACCAGAACCUUCAGAUCUUCUACGACAACUGCAUCUCUCCCUCACCUCUUCCACUUUACCUUCAACAUACUAUCUAA